AUGAGCAGACCUGGCUUGUAUAUAGGGCAAGUUAUUUACAACUACCGAGUCUUAGAAAAGAUUGGUACGGGGAGGUUUGGGACUGUCUAUCGCGUCCAGAGAGUGGGUACAAACAAGCUUUUUGCACUGAAAUACAUAGACCUCAAAAUGAGCACAGAGAAAGCCAGAAGGCUGCACAUGCGCGAACUACAGUUACUGCCGUAUCUUAAGCAUCGCAACGUCAUAAACUGCUGUGAGGCACACUUAGACAACAAUAUGACCGCGUAUUUGUUCAUGGAGCUUGCAAUUAGCGAUUUGAGUAGCCUCUCUAGGACGUGUGCAGCGGCCUAUGCACCUGAUUAUGAACAGCAUAUCUGCAGAAUCAUUGCUGACGUAGCUUCUGGGCUGCACUACCUCCACACCUAUCAUACCAUGGAAGCUGUCUGUGGACAACCAAUCGCUGGGCCCACACCAACAAAGAUAGUUCACCGCGACAUCAAGCCCGAGAACCUCCUUCAGAUGGCCGACGGCACAGUGAAGAUAGCCGAUUUUGGAAUCAUUGGGCAGUUGAAUGUAGAGGAGAUGCUCUCCACAGGAGUCGGCACAAUCCGGAACUGUGCGCCAGAGAUCUUCAAGCUUCUCAAGUACACAGAGAAGAUAGAUAUAUGGGCUCUGGGAUGCGCCAUUUAUCGGUUUUGUCAUGGGACUGAUAUCUUUAGUCAGCCCCAAAAGGCCACUACGCUGUCAAGGGUGCGGGAAAGCAUGCUUCAGCAACAUUCUGCCCUGGCCGACGGAAGAAUAGCCUUUGAGUUUCGCGGUUUUUCUCAAGAGCUAUGCAAUUUAGUGAAGAGCAUGUUUGCCAUAGAUCCCAGCCAGCGUCCCAGUGCCUAUGAGAUUCUUUGUCAUCCUCUUAUUAACAGGUGGGUGUACAGAGAACGCUAUCUGGACUAUAACAUCCACAAUGACAUCCCAGCAAUCGCCGGUUAUCACGACUUUCAUUUAAUUGAAUGUACACAUAACAGCAAUAUCUAUAAAGCAGUAUCUAGUCACACAAGGCAGCCUGUGGUGGUAAAGCGGAUUCAAUUAGAAGACUCUGGGCAUGCUCGCUAUUUGCAAGAUGUUGAACUGCAAAUUAGUAGAGAGAUCGCCAAAGGGACGUGGAACAAUCUUCUUGGUACCAUAUUGGAUGUAAUAGAUCCGAUAGAAGUGCAUCCUGGGUGCCAAGAGGCAUACAUAGUUAUGGAAUACUAUGAGCGGGGAGACUUGAACGAAUACUGCAGAGUAGCAAAUAUAACAAACGAGCAACUGGCAGAAGAUUAUAUUUUAGUGAUUAUGGCUUCCAUUCUGGAAGCCUUGGCAUUUCUUCAUACACCGAACGCUGCACUUAAUAAGCCUGCUAUUAUUCAUAAAGACGUUAAGCCAGGUAACAUCCUCUUGACCUCAUUUGGUAGCGUGGUACUCAUUGACUUUGGAUCCGCCACCGAAUUGGAAGGCGACUUUCAUGAGAGAGACGACUUCAUUACAGGCUCAUUGAUGUACAUGGCACCAGAGUUGUUGCGAGGAGAAAGAUAUAACGAAAAGGUUGAUAUCUGGUCUCUCGGAAUGACUGCCUUGUUCCUUUGCGAAAGCCACUAUCUAGUUGUUGGAUCUACGGCCGGCGCAAUACUAAGUAGCAUAGAGAGUAUAUUUCGUAGUGACUAUAGGAUACCAAGUAGAUAUAGUGAUGGGCUUAACUCCUUGAUCAUGAUGAUGCUCCAAUGUGAUGUGCAGGAACGACCCUCGGCGCAGGCUCUGUUGAAGCACCCUCUGAUUGCCGCUAACAGACCAAACUCUUCAGUGGACAGACACGGGAAGUGUCCAGUGAUUCGUGCCAUCGAAGCUCGUAAGGAAAUAACACACUCCUUAGCGACACGCUAUCCAGACACAGUGGAUUCCUCAGGGAUGUUUGCCUUAGCGCAUGCUGCAAAGUACUGGGACUCAGCCGCCAUUCGCAUCCUAUUGGAUAUCCAGAAGAAGAUGGUGACACUUCACAAGCAAUUCACACCCCUAAUGGUAUUUCUCUUAUCAUUACAACUAUCUCGUGAGAAAGAUGUGGUGAGCAAUCUCGAAAAGAUUGAGGAGUGCUUUGAACUUUUAGUACCCUCAUUUGCUCGACUUCAAGAUGCAACGGGGUAUACAGCCCUCAUGUGGACUAUCCGUCUAUAUACGCAGAUUAAAGAAUCCGGCACACCAGAAUCAACUACCUGCGAGGUGCUUCUGAAGUUUAUUCCGCGGCUUAUCCAAAUGGAGCAAGGGGUGGUUCGAUCGACUGGAGGCACGGCUCUCAUGUUAGCCGCGGAGCUGGGAUGUCUCGAGGCCGUUGAAGAGUUUGUCCGUAUGAACGCAGAGCUCGGCAUGCAGAAGCCCAAUGGAGUCACGGCGCUAAUGAUUGCAAUCAGAAAAGGGCAUAACAGCAUCGUCAAUCUUUUGGUUGAGCGGGAGCACUCACACACAGUAACUGAUCCUCCAGGGUUCACCGCCCUCAUGCUCGCUGUGUUGGCCCAGAACACUAAGGCGGUGGAGCGCCUACUGGCAUUCGAGGCACAGAGGGCAACAAACGACGGGGUGACCGCAUUGAUGAUCGCCGCGGAGAUAGGCAAGUCGGAAAUACUCGAUCUUUUAGCUCCAGCAGAAUACGGCCUACUAGACAAAAACCACAAUACAGCCGUGGACUAUGCGUGUAGUAAUGAAGUGGGGAUUUAUCUACAGAGAUAUGCCAAGGGUGAUAGUAACCUAUAG